AUAUACUUGAGAGUUAUUUGAAUUACCUGCGAUCAAAAAGUUUAUUUUUCAAUUGAAUUUCAUUCGAGCUCCUUUCGUUAUCACAAGAAUAAUAAUAAAACAAGCUAUUAUUUAAAGUGCGAUAAAAUUCGACGACAAUUUUAAGAAUUUUGCAUUCAAUUUUCUUAACAUAACGGUUAACAUUGUAAUUUUUGUCCAUUGUGUAAAUUAUACACUUACAUAAUUUUUGAAUUGCAUUUUACAAUUAUAAUCGGUAUAAAUGGCUAAUUGGGAAUAUCCAUUCACUGAACACUUAUUAUAAAUUUCUAUCGAUAGAAAUUUUUUCUAUUUCAUUCAAAUUUUACGGAUUUUAAACAAAGAGUGAGCAUCAAGAAGCGCCCAACAACGAAACGAGAAGUGUAUUUAUAACUGACGUGUCUUUAAAAAACGUCAAAAAAAAAACUCAUCAAAACAAACAAACAAACAAAAGAAUAAAUAAUAAUAGCAACAUUUAGUGUUAUUCAAAAACAAUAUUUGGUGACCAUUCAAAUUCGAAAACUCAAAACAAAUUCAGCUAUUAUCAUUCAUCACAAGAGUUGUGUAUAAAAAUUAAAGCGAAUAAAUUCAUUUCAAACGAAACACUAUGCAACAUUGUGUCGGACAAAUUAUUUCAUAUCCAUCGAAAAUCGUAUCAUCAGUGAUUUGUGUUGUUAUCAAAGUGAUUUUGUGUAUUGUAUUGUCUGUUUGUGGUAAAAUUUGUGAUUUAAUGUAUAUUGCUAAUAAACUGAAAUACGAAAUUAGUAAAAAUCAUCAAAUGUACGGUCAAUUGCAAAGUGUUUGUUUGCGAAAAAAUAAAACGAACUUUCAUUGGCAUUUUAAUCAUUCAAACAUUUUUUGCGGCAAUACAACAAUGACAAGAAAUAUGUGGAGAACAACGAUGAGUGGUUGAGGCAACAGAGCCCGACUUCUUAUUUUUUGUUGGCUUUUGAAAGCUUUACAAUUACCUACGAACUAAACGGAGAAUUAUUUUCCCGUUCAAAAUGUUUACCGAAAACACAGCAUUGUACCCAAAAUCAGGGGCUAUUCGAAAAUCGAACAACGCAAUCGAACAACAUCUACGACAAUCUAUUCGACGAAACAAUUUCUCAAACACCAACGGCAACGAAUAUUGGAUUUUAUCAUAUUCCGAAGUGGUCAACCGAUCGACUUUUAUCGGAAGCAAAUUCAUUGAGUAUACCGCAGACAAUAUCAUCAACAACAACAAUGACGAAAACGAUGGACUCGUUUUUGGACAACCACAAUUAUGCUAUGAUGCAAAACAAUAUGACUGGGUUUGAUGAACUAAUGACACCAGUGAUCGACCCAGCAUUCGGUACAAAUGACCAGCAAAUAAAUACAUGGAUUGACUCUUCAAAUGCUAACUUUAACUUGAGCAAAGACGAUGAUUACUUUGCUGAUGAUAAUACGGCUAUUUUAUUGCCAUCAACUUUAAAUUCACCGCCUGAUUCAGUGAAAUCGGUGUCAUCAAAUGAUGAUGCCGAUUGCAGCAUCGAAUUUUUUAAUAACAACAAUGAAAAAUCGUUCAAUUUUAUCAGCGAAGACGCACUAAAUCAACCGUUGAAAAACUCACAAGACUUUUUGUAUCCCGGUCCAAUGGGAUUCCACCAGGAAAUUGAGAUGAAUUUAUGUUCUGAAGAUAUGUUUAAUUGUCAAGAUAUUAUCGACGAACCGAUAGUGAUCGACGUCGAUGAAACACCAUCGAAUAAAAUAAUAGGAAAUGAUAUGAUGCUUGGACGACUUAACGCCAUGCCGAUGCCAAUGCAACAAUAUAGUGAUGUAAAAAUUAAAAGUGAACCGAUCGAAGAAAGCGAACAAAUAAUAAAUGGGCCCGAUAUGAAUAUGAACACAAUCAAUGUGCCUGUGCAACAUGUUGCGCCAGCAAAACUAUUGGCCAGACGGGCAAUUGAUCGACCACAAUUAAAACUUAAAAUAAAAUUGGACACGAAAACAAAAAAUGUCACAAUCAUCGAAGAGGAAACAAUCCCGAUUAAUAACAACGGUGUUAUUUCAACACCACAACUAACAGAAGAAAUUCUAGAGAUGGAAGGCGCUAGAAACGGCGGCUUUAAUUUAAUUGAUUAUAUCGUUAAAGAUGACGUACAAACUGAAAACAUGGUCGAGAUGAAACAAAAUACGAUUCCAAAAAAUGAGCAAAUUUUACCAACGCCAGUUGCAUCACCUCAAAGUAAUGCACAAUCGAAUAGUGACUAUGAUGAAAGUGAUGACACCAAUGAUACAACAUGGAGAAAUACGCAAGUGAAACGAAAAUCACGACGUUGUCGUACAACAUCAAAUAGUACCGAUGUGUCCGAAUACCAACCAAAACGGCCGCGUGGAAGACCACCAAAGACCGGACCAUCCACUAUUCCACCAGCACAACUAAAACGGCUCAAUUCAACCGAACGAAUGCGUUUGGAACAACGUAUUAAGAACAAUGAAGCAUCGCGUAAAUCACGGUUAAAUCGAAAAGGCAAAGAGAACACUCUCUUCCUUGAGCUUGAUCUGUUAAUGACAAUCAAUGAACAGCUCAAAAAGAAUGAUCAACGUCUGGAUGUUGAGAUCGGAAAAUGGAAAAAUCGUCUACUCAAAUUGGCGAUGCAUUAAAUCGUCAUCGAUAUCGAUAUAAUAAUUUAAGUUUAAAGUAAGCGAAUUCCAUCUCAUCAAGUGUAAACAUUAUUAUUUUAUCUAAAUUAUAAACAUAUUUUUAAAGCAUUAAAAAAAAUUAUAAGCAAAAAUUACAUCAAAAAAACAUACGCACAUUAGAAGCAUUAUUUCUAAUUGAAAA